CAUCCGGGGACCGGGUGUGAUGUCACGAGCAAGUAUCCCUGAAGCACACGUGAGAACACCGUUGCCCCAAAACAGACAAGAUGGAUAUUACAGACGUUUCCGUGAGUCGGGGUAAGAAAAGUAAGAAAAUGAAAAACAAGAAGCCACAGAAGAAGAACGAGCGCGAGGAGGCGAGCGGAGCAGAGAAGGAGGAGGAGGAGAAGAAGAAGAUGAACCAGAGCGAGUCAGCGACAGCCUUGCCCUCCACCUCCCAUUUGCAUCAAGUUAAGAAUAAACAACGAAGACAUCUCAUGUUCAUAAAGCUGAAGCAGGAGAAAAAGAAGCAAAGGAUGCAGUUGAGGAAAAAGAAGAAGAAAGAAAGGGAAGCUCUGGGUGACAAGGCACCACCAAAAGAGAUCCCAAAGACGAUAGAAAACCAAAGGGUGUACGACGAAACAGCGGUGGAUCCAGAAGAUGAAGAGGUUGCAUUUGAUGAGGGAACCGAUGAAUUUUCUUCCUACUUCAAUGGGCUGACAAACCCCAAAGUGCUCAUCACAACGUCAGACAGGCCUAGAGGAAGAACAGUGAGGUUCUGCGAGCAACUGGCCACAGUGAUCCCUAAUGCCUACGUUUACUACAGACGGGGUUUGGCUCUGAAGAGGAUUAUUCCCCAAUGCGUCGCCAGAGACUUCACCUACCUCGUGGUCAUUAAUGAGGAUCGCAAAGUGCCCAAUGGAAUGGUUCUGUGUCAUUUACCUGAAGGACCAACAGCACACUUCAAGGUCAGCAAUGUUCGACUACGCAAAGAGUUAAAGAGACGAGGAAAGGAUCCUACUCAACAUUAUCCAGAGGUGAUCCUUAAUAACUUCACCACCCGUCUGGGCCACAGCAUUGGUCGCCUGUUUGCUGCUCUCUUUCCACAAGACCCCCAGUUUGUGGGUCGACAGGUUGCCACCUUCCACAACCAGAGAGAUUUUAUCUUUUUCAGAUUUCACAGGUAUAUUUUUAAAAAUGAGAAGAAAGUUGGUAUUCAGGAGCUGGGACCCCGCUUCACCCUCAAACUGCGUUCUCUACAGAAAGGCACCUUUGACUCAAAGUUCGGAGAGUAUGAGUGGGUCUUGAAGCGUCAUGAGAUGGAUGCCUGCAGACGAAAAUUCCAGCUUUAAAAAAACACCACCUUUCUGCUCAAGUGGUCCGACAAGGAUGUCAUCAUCUGUUAUUCAAGAUAAUACAGCUCCUUGAACUUUUUUUCCUUUGUGAAUGACAGCGAAAACAGUUGCACCUCUACUUUAUCAGACCAAAUUCUUUGUUGGAUAAGAAAGAUGUAUCAUCUACAAACAUUUUUGGAGAACCGAUGUAUGUAAGGUCUGAAAAUUGGAGCAAGGACUCAGCCUGCUGUCAGACUGGAGACGAGGCCAUGAACUCAUGUAAACUAAAAAUUCAGACAUAACUAUUUGAAGAUGUGCAGUUCCAGUAGAAUGUAUAUAAACUGUAUGGAACAUCAAACUGUGCAUUAAAGUAGUGUUAAGUGUUGCAAUACUACCCUGA